AUGUCAAAUGCAAUUCAAUCUCAGACCAACAUAACUGUUGGGCUGGGGUUACUGGAAACAGUGUUAUUUGCCACUCUGACUACAGUACCAUGCUGUGUGUUUAUCUUCAUUAAUGGGGUCAUGUUAUUCACCUUGAGGAGUAAAUUAGUGUUUCGUGAGACCUCCCGUUACAUUCUUCUGUUUAACCUCCUUUUUGCAGACACUGUACAGCUGGCACUGAGUCAGUUACUGUACCUCCUGGCUGCUUGUAGAGUAAAACUGACAUAUCCUGUAUGUGGUGUUCUCAGCAUGUUCUCCAAUCUCACAUUUGAAAUCUCCCCUCUCACACUGGUGGUGAUGUCUCCGGAGAGAUAUGUGGCUGUGUGCUACCCACUGAGGCACGCUACCAUCAUCACCACCAGAAACACAGCAGUGGCUAUCAUUGUGGUUUGGGCCUUCAGUUCACUAAAUGUCCUCACACAAGUUCUUUUACUGUUAGAUUUUCCAUUUGAUGACCUGGAGAGCCUGCAGAUGAAAUAUUUUUGUGCCAGAAAAAACAUGCUGCUUGGCCUAAUGUCUGAUGAUUAUGACAAAGCGUACACUUAUUUUCUGUUUGUAUCAGCUGGCAUGGCAGUCACUUCCUCCUAUAUUGGUGUGAUGAUAGCAGCCAGGUCAGCCUCCACAAACAAAUCUUCAGCCAACAAGGCUCGUAAUACACUGCUGCUGCAUCUGGUGCAGCUGGGCCUCAGUCUCUCUUCAACUAUAUACAACCCCUUGCUUAUAGCACUCUCAAAGGUCCUAGACAGGAUAGUCUUGGUGCGCAUUCAGAUUGUUAUUUAUGUGUGUAUUGUCAUCUUUCCCAGAUGUCUGAGUGCUCUUAUCUAUGGCAUCAGAGACCAGACCAUCAGACCUAUCCUCAUAUUCCAUCUAUGCUGUCGACUGAAACUCUCAAGUCAUCCCAGCCAAGGCUGGGCUCUCACUCUAGAAUACACAGAAGGCAUAUCUGUGAAGUCUAUCUUAAAACAAUGCCUGUCCAUGUUUACAUUGAAACAGUUUUUGGUCACUGGAAUUGUUUCUCGUGUCCAAAGUGAUUGUGAAGCUAUCCCUCCCUACUCCUAUUCCAAUGUUUGA